GCCCUGACUGUGCAUUUGCGGAUGUUAUAGUGGUGGCGAAUGAGACAGCAACUUCCCAACCUCCUCCUGCCUGCUUUCCUUCCUUCCUUCCUUCCUUCUUUCUCUGUUUGAGGCCUAGUCCUGCAUCCCGGGCCCGCCCUCCUGAGUCAUCCUCCUUCCCUUCCUUCCUCCUUCUCUUCUUCCCUCUCGCAUCCAUCCCCUCAGGCGCUCCCUUCCUGAAGCAACUUCGGAGGCCGAGCCCAGCAGCGGAGAGCAUCAGCUACUUGCUCCACGAACUGAAAAGGGUCACAGUUGGUCCCACUAGUCUUUUUACGUGGAAGUCACCCCAAAGGCGUGGAAGAUGAAGUGUGGUGGCACCUUAGAGACCAAGCCGGCCACUGAAGAGACGCAGCAGAUCAUCCAGCAAGUCAAGGCCCAGUUGGAAGAGAAAGAAGGCAAGACCUUUGAUGUUUUCACUGCGGUCGGGUUUAAAACCCAGGUGGUUGCUGGAGUAAACUACUUUGUCAAGGUCCAUGUUGGAGAUGAUGAAUUUAUUCACAUGCGAAUCUUCAAAAGCCUCCCUCAUGAGAACAAGCCACCAGAGCUCACCAGCUACCAAAGCAAGAAAGGAAAGCAUGAUGAACUGUCCUAUUUCUAGACAGCUCUUCAGAUUUUUUUCUAUUAUGAUUUUUUUAUGAUUUGCUUUUUGUAAUUUUUCUUCACAAUUGUACUACAGAUGUUUUAUACAAUACGAUAAAAUAGCAUUAUAGUAGACUCUUAGUUAACCAACACCCAUGGGGAUUGGUACAUGCCAGGUAAUACAGUUUCCAGUUGCUUGAGGUCAAUAACCCAUAUUAUAUCAUACCAUAAACUCUGUAUUGACUUAAUAUUAAUAUUGAAAUACUGUAAUGAAAAGCAAUUUAAGACAAAUAGAGACAAACAUAAUAUAACAUCAUUACUGUAUUAUAAGAACAGCUUGGUGAAUGCAGUAUGCAAUUUUAGUUAUUUUUGCUUGAGAGUUCUGAUAACUGAGAGUCUACUGUAUUUCUUUCCAUCUUCUCCCCUCCUUAAUCUUCACUAUUGAGUUCCCAUUCCUUGUAGGAGACAUAUAUUAUCAUGACAUAUAUAAUAUGUAUCAUCCUAGGUUAAAGCUCUCACUAAGACUCUAAUCAUUGUAUCUGCAUAAAAUCAAAUUAAAUCAUUGUAUCUACAUAAAACCAGGGUGGUGCUUCUUCCUGCUUCAAACUGAUUUGAAACCUUCAGUCCAUAAUUGUGUGUCUUUUGUCUUUUUUAAUAUAAAAUUUAGGAUUGAUUCCCAAUCCAUUCUAAAGUUGUUUUGAUCUUUUUCUCUGAAAUUAUAAUUUCUUGAAAUCAACGCUUAUUAUGCAAAUUCAAAUGAAUAAAUGACAAUUUAAAUAAAA